AUGGCCAACUUUCUAAGCCUGCCUCUAGAGAUCCGGCAGGAAAUCUACUUCCUCGCAACACCAGCUCGUGUAGUCCACCUCAAAGCUGAUUGCAAUGGUUUUUGUAGUCGUUUGCCGAUCGGGAUUUCCGACUGGCCACUAGGUAGAUGCCCCCGGAACCAUUGUUUCUACAGCAAAGCUCCAGUCCCAGCCCUUCUUCAUACAUCUUUCGAAGCGCGAAGCUACUUAAGGGAGAAGGGAUACCAGCUCGCUUUCAAGACCAAGACCCGGGAGCCAAUGACGUGGUUCAAUUAUGAUCGAGACGUCCUACUUACAGAUCAAACAUCUUAUAGCAAUGUGCAGUUCGAUGCUGAUGAAGCUGCGAGAGUGCGCCGCUUGGCUGUUGAUUGUCCCACCGAUUGUCUCUACGACCCGAUAGGAUAUGACGAGCUGCCAACCUUACACCGUUGUGGAGAUUACUGCUUGUAUCCAUUUAUCAAGGAUUUCCCGGCCUUGGAGGAGGUUUUUGUGGUUGACUGGAAACGAAAUACUUUCCCCACGGAACUAACAAGGAACACGGACUAUCCUUUCGAAAUUCCAUCGAUGCGACACCGUUACGAUACAGAGAAUCUCUGGAAAUGCGUUAAAGUCGAGGAUAGUUCCCUGUUACGAACGAUGUACCUCCACGACCUCAGGGAAGAAGAAUACAACGGACCGAGUAUCUUAGGCGGCCUUGGACAUGGUCCUGCACCCAAGAUUGCAGACUGGGGUACUUUCGGCCACCGGAGUGCAUAUGUGCAGUUGGAACUUGCUGUCUGCCGGGAAGGUCAAGAGCAUUCUGUUGGCGACUGGAGGGUGCCGAGAAUGAUAACUCCGGUGCAUUUGAUUGAUGAGCGACAGGAAGAGAUUUUGCAGCAGAAACAGAAGAUUGCUGUCGAUGAGUUGCAGCAACUGCGGGAAGACUGGGCUCCUGCUUUAAAGGAGAGAAAAGAGCGAAUAGAUUCCGGGGGUGGUGUGAUCAGUCAACGUGAACUACAGUAUCUUUGGGCAAAUCGCUGGGAGAUAACGUGCUGGAUCGAAAAGGAUACAUUUUCAUAG